AUGGCCGUUGCCCGGGACCCCAAUCUGCCUGUGACGCGUGUCUUCCAACGUGGAAUAAACGCAUUCAAAGCUGGGGACUAUCAGCGCGCAAUCCAAUGCUUUGAUCAAGCUUUCCAGGCCUCCUCAUCCACUGAACCUAUCGCCCUAAGAAUCAAUAUUCUCGACAGUCGGGCUGCUGCUAAGGACAAACUGAACGAUCUUAGGGGUAGCUUGUCAGAUUCGAAAAAGGUGAUUGAUCUGGCUCCCGAGUCUCCCAAAGGGUACAUCCGUGCUGCUCGUCUUUUCAACAAGAUCCAGAGAUUUCCGGCCUCCAUAAAGAUGUUCGAGCUGGCCGUCUCCAAGCUGAACUCGAGUCCACAAAAGAACACGCAAUUGAUAGAGGCAAGUGAACAAGACUAG